CACUAGUCCACGGUAAGGAUCUCCCUCACAGGUUUUAGGUUUUUCUUAUUGCUUUCUUAACAUGAUACAAACAUGUAACUGGAUACUUAUAGUAUCUCAAUUACCCUAGCAACCCGACCUAGGGUAAGUUACAAAUAUGUUACUCGAUGCAACAACCUUAGUCAACACAUAUGCUGGUUGUUCAUCUGUUCUCAACUAUCGCAGCUGAACUGCACUUUCUGCUACAAGCUGGCGAAUGUAGUGGACAUGGUCUUCAAUAUGCUUAGUCCGAUCAUGUAACACAUGAUUAAUUGAAAUUUAAAUUGCGCUCGUGUUGUCUCCAUUUAUCACCAUCAGACCUUGACAUUCAAUCCCCAACUCUUCGAACAGCCUGUGUAACCAAACCAUUUAUGAGCUUACUUCUAACAUCAAAUGAUAUUCAUCUUCUCUUGAGGAUUUCGAGACUCUAUCUUGCUUCCUGCACCUCCAUGAGACAAAAGCAUUUCCAAACUCAAUGCACCAUCCUGAAGUUGAUCGUCUCAUGUCAAGAUAUCCUACAUAAUCUGCAUCUGCAAAGGCUUCUAUUUUUUACUCUCCCUCUGCGCGAAAAAACACACCCACGUCACUCGUGUGCUUAAGAUACCGAAGAAGCCUGUUCACUGCAUCCAAAUGAGUUGUCUAUGCUACUCCCAAAAAAUGGCUUACUACCUGUAUGGCAUAUGAGAUAUUUGGUCUAGUGUGAGUGAGGUAAAUUAGGUUUCCUACAACACUCCGAUAAAACGAUUGGUCUUCCAACAAAUCCCCAUCAUCCUUACUCAAUUUUAGGUUUUUUUCCAUUAGUGUGGAACAUGGCCUGCAGGCUUCAAAUUGUGAGAAAGAGAGCAAGUCGGAGAUGUAUUUCUUUUGGCAAACAAAUAGUCCUCCUGAUGUGCGACUAACCUCUAUCCCUAGAAAAUAGCCUACCUCCCCAAGUUCCUUAAGAUGGAACGCUUGAUGAAGGGUUCUGAUUAAUUCCUUUAUGUCAUCAUGAUCAUCUCCAGUUACAAUUAUAUCAUCAACGUAUAGCAGAAGUGCGAUGAUGCCUUGCACAGUUUUCCGAAUAAACAAUGAUGGAUCACUGUGACUCUGUUGGAACCCAGCCUGCAAAAUAGUUCCAUGGAACUUCUCAAACCAAGCAUGAGGAGCUUGUUUUAAAUCGUACAAGGAUCAAACCAGAUUGCACACCAUAUUAGGUCCAGCUUUCUUGUACCCUGGAGGCUCCAUGUAGAUAGUAUCUUUUAGAUCACCGUGAAGAAAAGCAUCCUUCACGUCGAACUGUUUCAACGACCAUCCUCUCAUUGCUGCAAUGGCAAAAAGACUUCGAACUGUCGACAAUUUAGCAAUGGACUGAACGUCUAAUCGUAGUCAAUCCCGAAUUCCUCGUGAAAUCCUUGAGCAACUACUCGUGCUUUGAUGUGCUCCCGAGUGCCAUCUGGCUUUAUCUUUACAUCAUAUACCCACUUUGACCCUAUGACCGACAUCUCUGGCAUUCUGGUAACUAAGUCCCAAGUGUGAUUUUAUUCUAGUGUGUUAGUCUCCACCUACAUUCCCGCCUCACACUUCUCAUCACCCUUGGAAAAAUGAUAAUGAGAUGGAAUAGGUAUGGUCUCAGUUGAAUAUCCAGCAUAGUCGAGCAACUUGAUAGGAACCACUCCCUUAUUGACACGAUCGGACCGGCGAGGUAGGCGGAGGAAUCGAUGGUGGACUUGCAGAGAGAUCACCUUCAUCUCCCCCCUAACUCCGCUGAAGUUCGUUUUCCCAUCCCCGACGACAAGCUGGAACUAGCAGUUGAUGCGGGACUUGCAGAGUACAAAUGGAGCGACAAGGGUGAGGCAGAACCACUCGAAGAUGAAGUCGAACUGGAUAAAGAACCGGAUGAGGAGCUCGAACUGGAGCUGGUGUGAAGUGACGGAGUGAGAGGCGGCAAAUUCCCACCGGAAUCAUCAUCAUGGCUUGAUGGACCAGCCUGGGGCGGGUUACCACCAGCAGGAACAUCUGGUGUUUAGUCAAAGGAGAUAGAGGAAGAAAAUUCAAAGAGACUGGCGAGUUAUCUUUGGCCAGAGAAUAAUGCAUAACCUGCUCAAGAAAAGUGACAUGAUAAG